AUGCAACGUCUCACAGAGGUCUUUGGUGUUAAUGCCAUUUAUACACCUACCCUAUUUACCUUUGCACAACUUCAAAACUUUUAUCUCUUCACUGCAGUGGAGCGUGGUUGGGAUUACUAUUGGUGGAGUCAUAUGGACAUUGUUGCCCUCACCGAGGAAAAGUACGAAGAGACACCAUUCAAGUCGCUCUACAUGCGUGCUGUCGAUAAGCUCCGAGAAGUAUCCUCUCCCGACUAUCUCCGAGAUCCGGAAACUGGGGAAAAGCCAGAAUGGGCAAUUCAAUUCUUCUCAUAUGACUGGCUAGCACUCAACAAUGUGAAGACUUUUAUGAAGCAUGGUGCGUAUGAUCCGUUUAUCAGUUACUAUAAAGCCGAUUGCGAUUUAAUAGAGCGAUUUCGCAUGUCGGGAAUAAGGAUGCCUAUAGCAGAUGCGGGACGAAUAAUCGACGUUGGAGACUCGAUUGAUCUUAAUCUUUUUUUCCGCCGAAAGAUCGACCCAGCAAACCCACCAAAGAGCUUGGCAGAGUUAGCGAGGCUGCCGGAGGAUGACAGAGGUGGCAAAGGCUUUGAUUACUUAUUAGAAGUACUUGCGAUUGAAACCGAUAAUAAGCUGCAUGGAGAGGAAGUGCGGAAUUCGUGGCAGUACAAACAGCAAGGUGGGCAAGGGGAGCCAUUUUACAGGGAUCCCGAAGGAUUUGAGGCAGGUUUGCAGAUAGCGAUUGAGGCCGGUGUUCAGACUUAUCAGGAGAAAUGGGGUCAUAAGGAGUGUGGUUUAGUUGACUCAGGGUUGAAACUCACUGACGCAUGGAAAGUAGAGCACGAUUGGGUUGAGACCUGA